AAACAAAAAAGUUUUUGUUGUUAAACCAAAAAGUGCGCAGAAUGACUUCAGACAGACUUAGCGCGAUCACACCGAGUAGCCAAGGCAAUGACAAUUUCGGUUCGGAAGUUACCUUAGACAUACCACCGAGUGGUAUGUACACGGGCAGCACCGAUUACAUAGUGCAAGAUGAUGAUCCACAAACCGAGCGCGGCUGCUGUGAAAAGUCGGGCGAUUGGGCCAAACGCACCGCGGCGAAUGUGUUUCGCAAAAAGACACUCUAUAAACGCUUACCAAUACUACAGUGGCUGCCCAAAUACAAUCGUGAUGAUUUCGUUGGUGAUUUGGUAGCUGGUAUAACGGUCGGUUUAACGGUGAUACCUCAGGGCUUGGCGUAUGCGGGCAUAACAGGCCUAGAAUUACAGUAUGGUCUUUACGGCUGCUUUUUCGGCUGUUUCAUUUAUGUGCUCUUCGGCUCUAGCAAAGAUGUGCCUGUCGGUCCUACGGCCAUCGCUGCGCUGCUCGUCUACCAGACAGCGCGUGGUAGUUUGGAGAAGACCAUAUUACUCACGUUCCUCACCGGUAUAAUUGAAGUGCUGAUGGGCAUAUUACAACUGGGCUUUCUUAUAGACUUUGUGUCAGGUCCGGUUAGUGCGGGAUUCACGAGCGCCGUCGCGCUCAUCAUUUUCACCUCACAACUUAAGGAUAUACUGGUUGUGGACACUUCGGGCGAUACUUUCGUCGAUAUGUGGAUCUCAAUUGGGAAUGAUAUACAUAAUAUCAGCUGGAAUGACGCGGCGUUGGGAAUUGGUUGUGUUUUCUUGCUGUUGGCGAUGCGUGUCAUGACUACCGUUAAAAUUGGACCCAAGGAUGGCCAAAAGGUCUGGCAAAAGGUGCUUGAGAAGACUAUCUGGCUGAUUGGCACAUCACGCAAUGCGGUGCUGGUUAUUUUGGUUGCACUUAUGGGUUAUGUGUUGCGCACCUCGGGCAUUGAUAUCUUCAAGAUGGUCGGUUUUGUGCCGAAGGGUUUGCCAGAAUUUAAAAUGCCACCUUUCUCCUCGACGACCUACACCAACUCCACAAGCGGCGAAGUAAUUGAGACACAUGAAAAUUUCGCUCAAAUGGUGAGCAGUUUGGGCGCUGGAUUGAUAGUGGUACCUCUGAUUUCUUUACUGGAAAAUACCGCUUUGGUGCAAGCGUUUGCUGAUGGCAAACCAUGCGAUGCUAACCAGGAGCUCAUCGCCAUUGGCCUGUGCAAUAUUGGCAAUUCCUUCGCGCAAGGCUUCCGUGGCAAUGGACCAAUUGCUCGUGGUGCUGUUUUGAAUGCUAGUGGUGUUCGUACACAACUCUCCAAUCUCUACACUGGUGUAAUAGUUAUAUUCGCCUUGCUGUGGCUCACACCAGCCUUCUAUUACAUCCCCAAAUCCGCUUUGGCCGCCAUCAUUUUGUCUGCCGUGAUCUUCAUGGUGCAAUAUCGCGUCAUCAAGCCGAUGUGGAGAAGCAAAAAAACCGAUCUCAUUCCCGGUAUCGGCGCCUUCGUUGCUUGUCUACUGCUGCCGUUGCAAAUCGGCAUUCUCGUGGGCAUCGGCAUUAAUGUCAUAUUCAUUUUGUACAGCGCCGCACGUCCGAAACUGCGCGUGGAAACAGCUUGCACGUCGAAUGGCAUCAAGUAUCUCAUGCUCACUCCCGAUCGCUGCCUCAUCUUCCCAUCGGUGGAGUUCGUGCGCAACGUGAUCAACAAGCAAGGUCGCAAGUCAACGCUGCCUGUGGUUCUCGAUUGCACCUACAUUUAUGGUGCGGACUUCACGGCCGCCAAGGUUGUCUCCAUGCUUAUAAGUGACUUCGAAGCACGCAACCAGAAGCUCUACUUCUACAAUCUUCAGCGUCGCGUCGCGCAGGUGUUCGAGGGCCUCAACAAGGGGCUGAUUGUUAUCUACGAUGCUGAGCAUUUAGAAAUGGAACUCGCUGGUAAAGCAAUAGAAGCGAAUAAGUGAAAGUAUAGCUUAGAACAGUCUUAAGCAUUGAAAUUGUAUUCUGCAAGGCAGUACUUAGAAAAUUAAUAUGUGAUAUUGUUUGCAAAGAACGGCAACCCUAAAAAUACGACCGUUGCUUACUUCUUUACAUUUUAUUCGACGACGGAGUGUUGGUGUAAGGACAUGUCAGUGACAUACCUCAAGUAGCUAGUUUCAAAAAAAUUUGACACAUUUGUAAAUAAUUCCAAUAUCCUUUGUAAUAUAUAUUAAGACCUUUUCCUAUUUCGAGAUAUAUACAUACGUAUAUAUUGCGUCAGAAAAAUGUCAAAGCAUAACAGGCAGUUGAGAAAGGAGUAAAAUACAUACGAAAUAUAUAUCCAUACAUGUUUGUAUAUGUACACGCACACUAUGACAUGCCACUGCUGAAGCAGAGAGGGGAAUAUACGACUUUACUUAAUUGUUAACGGAAUCAAUUAGAAAAUUUAAAUAUUUGUUGUAGUUGUUAGUAACAAAUUAUGUAUGUUUUCAUCAAGUCCUGCGGCUGCCUGUUUGCCUACGAACAUUUAUUCACACUGCACAUGUACAUAGAAACAUAUAUACAUACACUAUAGAUAUAUUGUCAUAUAUAUACAUAUUCAUAUAUGCUAACAUACAUAUAAUAAAUAGGUCUAGUUAAUUUUGUAUAGUUUUAUAUACAACUGUUAAGUUUGUCGAUCGCGCUUAAGGAAAUGUAUUUAUUUAAAUAAUAGACGAUUAUAUAUGUAAUUAUAAUAAAUAUUAAAAUUGUUAAUGCA